AUGAUUCAGAAUCCACCGUCAUCGCAAUUUGCAUCCACCACGCUAAGUAGCACUCUCUCGACUCAUCUUCUCGAUCAAGCGGCAGAAGCGCGCGCACACGCAACGGCGGAGGAGAUGAACACAUUCGGGUCGCGGUCCCGGGCCGACGCAGGGUGGUUCUCGGCCGGUCUCGCGUCCUCAUUCCCCGAUCUCGGGUCGGACGACGGCAACCUAUCAGAUCUCCGCUUCUGUGCCACAGAUCUCAAGCCGGGAUGCAAGGUCUUCCACGCCCCCAAGACAAACGGCCCGGCGCCGCAGAGCGCCGAAGUGGAUCUGUCGCCGGACUGCGUUGAGUCUGCCGAGAUGGAGGCGGACUUGAAAGACCAGGUUAUGGUAUUCAGGUUCAAGGGGAAGUUCCAUGCUAUCGAUCAUAAAUGUCCUCAUUCUUCAUACCCAUUAUCUCAAGGCGUUCCCUUUGAUAUCGAGGACUUCGGUAUUGUUCUCAGCGCGGGAAUCACGUGCCCGAAACACAGUUGGUCUUUUGAUCUAUUCUCGGGGAUGUCGGAUCGGGCGAGAUACAAGCUCGGGGUGUGGGAGGUGCAGCUUCGCGAUGCUGUUGGAUCUGAGGCCUUAGUAUCAAUAGAGGAGGGAACCUCGGACGGUCCGGACAAAGAGGUCUGGGUGAGGAGAAAGCAAAGAAUCGGAUAG